AUGUGCGACGCAGAGGGCUAUCUCAUCCCAUUCACGAGCGCCGCGUACCCGAUAGACGUCAAGCUGCUCCCCGACCGCGCGGGCAACGUCACCACCGUCACUCAUGACUUUCAGCCCCAUGAUCUCGACAUCGACGUCCAUCGCUCCUUCUCCCAGGCGGACAAGUACCAGGGCCUACUCAAGGCGCACUUUGACGGGGUGCACGAGAAGUGGAAGCAGUUCUGUUCGCAGAUGGUCGUUCCGCGGGCCAAGGUGACCAGAAAGCCACGGGCCCCGCCGACGCCGUCGCCCGAGGCCGUCGAGGUCCCGGUGUCGCCCAGAGCCAGCGGCACCUCAAGCUCAGCCGAUACCGUUGUACCAGUUCCCCUCGCUACACCCCCCAUGCCCACGCUCAGCUCGAUGCUCGACGAGAUCGAGGGCUGGCUCAACCAGGUUCACUUCCUCCUCCCGACCUAUCGCGAACUCGACAGGCGCGUAGCCACGACAUGGACCGAUCUCCAGAGACUCGUCGCGCACCGUCUCCAGACCUACGCCGACUUCGUCUUCUACCACAACGAGGUCAUCCGCAUCGGCAAGCGUGACGCCCACGACCACGCGCUGGCAUACGUUCUUGGUCGCCUGCGCGACGCCGCCGAGCAGCUCAAGGAGGCGGACCGUUUCCCUAGGGGAAGGAUCCAGUACACCUACGCCGGCUUCCUCGUUGCGAUCGACAAGUUUAGGAAGGACUUGCACGAGAAGCCAUGGUGA